CAAAUCCUGCUGUUCUUUUGAUAGAGAUCACAGCACGUCCUCUCUGAACCUACGUCAUGAAGACGCUGCUCGUGUUGACCUGUAUGGUGGUAGCUGCUGCCUGUGCCAGUGUGCACACAAGUAAUCCAUCCCUGGACAACACUUGGAAAGAAUGGAAAAGUAGACAUGGAAAACAAUACUCAAAGGAGCAAGAGAUCUACAGGCGGAUGGUAUGGGAAGACAACCUCAGCCGAAUUGAGAAGCACAACAGAGAAUACGAGGAGGGGAAGCAUACCUACACCAUGGGCAUGAACCAGUUUACUGACAUGACAACAAAUGAUUUUAGGCUGUGGAUACGGGGCAAUGACCCCUACACGACUUGGGAGAAGAAUAGACAAUAGAAACGGUUACCAACAUUGGUUUGAUAUUUGAAUUUGUAUCUAAAAGUGUCUAAUAAACCUUCACUUCAGACUCA